GGAGCGCUUUUUGGUGUGCUUUCGAUUGUACGGCUCUGUUUUCUCAUGAUGGUUUGUUUCUGAAAUAUGGUAAGUCAGUCUGACUAUCUUCAUACAAACGAAUCUUAAAUGACAAGUUUCCUGGUUGUUGCUCCAAUAUAUAUAAUGUUAUGUCGAAAUGAGUUGUGUUUCUUGGUUAGUGGGGAUCACAAAUGGAUCAGCUGUUCUCAUAUGUCCGUUGCUAUCUUGCCUCUGAUAGUAAUUUUCAUAUCAAAUUAAAACAGAUUUGCCAAACGCUUUUCAGAUUGAUGCUUUGGCCCUUUAACUACUGAAUGAUGCCAUUCUUGAACAAGCUCGUACACUUUCAUAAAACUUUUGUUUGAAUAUUGAGAAAGCAUAUUUACACAAGUCUUGAUUUUUAUUUAUGGCAGCGUUUUAGUCCAUGCUUUUAUAUCCGCCGUCUAGUUAGCUAUCCAACGUUCUGCUGUUGGAACUUAAAUAUUUAGACCCUUAAAGGGUACUAUAGCCAUCCCAUGUGUUUGUGGAAAUGAACAAUUGAAACGUACUUGGUCACCAGCAGUAAUUGCCUUUUGCGUUUGUACUUUUUUGUGCAUGAAACGUGCUUGAGCAUUAAGACAAGGUAUGAUUAUUCUUUUAUUAGUUUUAAGUACUAGGAUAUCGUUUGGAGAUAUAGAUCAAGUAACUAUGCUGAUAGUACUAGUUAAUUUUAACUUAUUUUGUGAUGCCCUACUUAGAGAAGGUACAAAACAUCUAACGAAAAAUUAUUUCUGAACAGUGGGUAAAAACCAUGUUUUAGUCCAACCAAACGACGAAUUAUUAAUCAUACCUUAUAGUGCUUAUCAAUAAAAAUGGGUGGUUAUCAACAAGAUGUUUGUUGAAUAUUUACAUUCGUAUCAAGAAUAGUUGAGGUUUAUAAAAACAAAUAUUCUCUUUGGAUAUCUUGUAAUAUUGGUAUAUACCAGACACUGCUGUUAAUGUCAGCGCAUGUGAUUAUGGACGAAGGUAGACUUGAUACACUCGUGUCAAGUUCAUCUGGAAAAGGUUAGCGUUUUAGUCAUCAUAGAAAUCUCAAUCUAAGAAACCAUACCUUGUCUUGGUUUUCAGGGACUGACCUAUAUUACCUGGAAGUUCACUGAAUAACUUAGAAUACUUAUGAUAUAGUUCUGUUCGGUGAAGGUGCUGGUAUAAUGCAGAGUAUUAUAACCUUAAGUAACAGUGCAAGCAUUUAAGGUGUUUUUUCAUCUCAAUGUGAAAUUUUGGUUUCGGACUGAUCUGAAUAAUAAGAUAGAUUAAUUGUUGGGAGUGAGGCAUCUUGGUGUACCGACCACUAACCUUGGAAGUCUCUUUGACCCUAGUAAGUUGGUGACUAAAGAAACAUUCAUACUACAGAAAGCUUAGUUGGCUUUUGCAUAUCUACAUCACUUGUCGCGUAGGUGAGAUGUUCGUCUGUCAAUCAUACGGCGAGUAUACUGUGUCAGUUAGCUCUGUCUUACUGUAUGACCUUGAAACAGUUCCUGAUAACAAAAGAUGGAUGGGCUGAAGAUUUUUUGCCGUGUCUUCAAAACUCCCACUUUAUCGUAAAACGAUCGACUGAAUAAUGUUGAGUUUAGCCAUAUAGUACUAGGCAAAUAUGGAAAAUCAGUAGAUGAGAUUAUAGAUUUUCGACUGAUGUAUUUAAGACGUGGCACUCAUGCUUGACCACUAUCUACUUUUACGGGCAAUUUUUACCUUUGUAGGAAUAGGUCGGAAGAAUUGUAGGGGAGGCUACAAGAAGGCGUAGCAUCAGAACAUGAAAUCACUGACUUGUUGUGAAUCAUGUUGGUAGACGUUGAUCACCUGGUUGGAGUCUGCACGAUAACUGCGUCCUUUUUUUAGACGGGUAUAAUGUCUUGAAAUUGGUAAUAAUGGCUCAUUUGCAUUCAUUCAUUUUACUCUAGAUCUUGAGCUUUAUUAUUCCUUGCUACAUAUCUUUGUCUUCUCUAACCAUGUUAUCAAUCGCUAGUCUCCCACAUUAUCUACUACUACAGUAUUUCUAUUUAUAAUUUUAUGUCAUCUUGCUGAUGUAUUUUGGUCUAACGCAUAUAUGUGCCAAACACUACGUUGAUUAUGACCGACUAUUAUGUUUCCUAGAAUACUUUACCCGUUUUAUUCAACUGCCGUAAGACGUUCACGUAUUUGCAUCAUUAACACAAUCUAGUCUUUGAUUGGUGGGAUAUUUGUCAAUAAUUGUCAACUAACUUUCCCAUAGUGGUUUGAAUCCACAAAAUUUGUAAUCACAAAACGGUACUCUUCAGCAGUACGUAAAUCUAUAAUUUUUAAUGUAGUUUGUCUUGUAGCUUCUGCGAUCAAUUAGUAAUAACUUUAAACUGUUGAUAUAGCUAGGUAAGCCGAUCACUCAGUCUACCUGGACUCAUUGUCGUAUAGUCUCUCAGUACCUAACAUGAAUAAAAACAGCUCAUGCAAAGUAGCGACAUUCGCUUCAGGAUGGUUUCCUAAGCCAUUUGCUCAAAGUAAUUAACGUUUGCUAAUUAGAUACUUGAUAGUCAUUGGGGGAAACGAAUAGUACAGCAGGUUAGUUUUACUUUUGCUGUUGAAACUGUUACUGUUUUUGGGAACAAGGAGUAGUUUCAUAAAGUUCUUAUGGAACUCACUUUUUGGUAUUUGGUCCUGUUCAUUCGCUUUCCAAUUCUGUUUGCGAUUUUAAUUUAAGAACUAACAGUUCCGUGCUGCUUCCACACAAUAACUAAAAUAAUUCUUAUUUGGUAGCUACUCCGUUAAUUCUGCGUGUCCUGUUCAAUGUCAGGAAGCCUCAUUAGUCAGCGUGAAGAGCAGCCAGUGUUGGUCCUUACCUGUCAGCGAGAUUCACACCCUUUUCAGGACCGCAUAAUUAUACUAAAUGAGAUAAUAAAAGUUGGACGUUCAGUGGCCCGCGCCAAACCUACAAAAACCAAUGCGAUCUUCGACUGCAAAGUCUUGUCGAGAAGUCAUGCAUUGAUAUGGCACAAAGGUGAUCGGUUUUGGUUACGUGAUACAAAUAGUAGCAAUGGAACUUUUGUCAAUAACACAAGAAUAGUGAAAAAAAAUGAUGAAGAUUUUGCCGACCGUGAGAUAUUUUCCGGUGAUAUCAUUCGUUUUGGAGUAGACGUCGUUGAACAUGAUACAACUCACGGCUGCAUCAUAGCUCAAGUUGCUUUGUAUCAUCCUAAUGGAACAGAAGCAAAACAAAGUAGCGUUGAUUAUGUCAGUAGUAAUAAUGCUUUGACUGGUAUCGAGGCACUCCAUACUGAACAAAUGUUCCGCUUCACACAUUACAUUAGCGAGGCUUUAUUUCGGGAACAAGUUCUGGACACAAAACUUGAGUCUAUCAAACGGCUCCUACAAGAGGCACAAGAAAUUUCUGAGGCUGGUUGGCAAGCUAUGGUGGAUGAAGAUCGACUUUUGGAGAAGCUAAGUCUCUAUGAAACUCAACUAUCUUUAUUGAAGCAAGAUUUGCCCGAGAAUUCGUUACAGUCGCAUCUAAUGCAGGCUCUAGAAGAAAAAUUUAAUCUUGAGAAAGCCAGUAAAAUAAUGUUGGAACGCCUGUUAAACGAGAAAGCGGAAGUUUUUAGCAAAGCUACAGAUCUUGAGCAUUCUUUGGUCGUGUCUCAAAAAGAGUGCAUUCGCCUUCGUCAAGACUACGAAAAUAUCCAAGAAGCGUACCAGAAUUUGGCAAAUGAUAGGCAGUCGAAGCAAGUAGCAUCAGAGGGAUCAAAGGAAAGCAAAAUCGAAAAAUCUGAUGUGAAAGUCGAGACUGACCAACUUAAAGAUGAAAAAGUGCUUGGAAAAGUUUUCGACCAGUUUCUAUAUUCUGAUCAUAGAGCAAAUAAUAGACAAGCCCUUGAUAGCCAUAACGGUAAUGAUGCAAACAUUCUUAUGAAUGGUUUAGACAAUGGCAUUUCGAAAAUCCCUGAGAAUUAUGAUGAUAACUUAAAUAAUAUCAACGAACGAUUCGGUAUGCAAAAUAAUUUCGAUUUAUUGAAAUCAUCGGGACCUGAUAAUUUCUUCGGUGUUCAAGGGCAACAUGUCACCACAAAUGAUGAAUCUCAUAACGGUCAUACAUCUAUUCGGAUAAUUGAAGGUAUUCGGCUUUUCAAUAAAUCAAAUCAAUUAAUCAAAUUGCUCCAAGAUGAAUUAAGUAUUUUGGCUAAGAUAAAAAGGUCAAAUGAAUCAACUCUUUCCUUACCGGUGAAUUCUGAUCCAGCUACAAACAAUAUUGAUUCUUUUGAGUCUCUUGAUAAUGUUGAUCCUGAUAAAACUUCAUUGAAAAGACUCGAUGUUGUUAAUUGUAAAGAAAAUAAUUUUGAAAUUGCCUUACAACGUGCAACAGAGUAUGCUACUUUAGUUGCUAAUCUUCAACGUCGUGUGGGUGCUGAUUUAAAUUCUUUGUGUUUACCACCGAAUCUUCAUAAUAAUGCUGAUAUUUUUAAUAUUCACAAUGAUUUAUGUAUACCUCCUGCCGAAUUCAGGACGACUCAUAUAACUAAAAUGGAUGUUUGUCUAGGAACAGAAACACUUGCCGAUCAUAUUCAAUCUACUGAAGUGGAUGGGACAGCCAACCAGAAAGUUGAAACUAAUCACUUGCAAGCGUACAAAAUGGAUAAAGAUUCACAUACAGAUGAAGAACUUUCAAAACUACACAAUGAGCUAAUGGAAUCCGUGAAUGAGAUUGAAACUUACAAACAGUUGACCGAAGAUUUAAGAAAACAAGAUGCCGCUAAAGCAGAGUUAUUGUUAUUGGUUCGAGGAGAAUGUGAUGCACUGAAAAGUCGAAUCGCUGUAAUUGAAACCGAUGUAGCAACAAGUCGUGCUGAUCAUCAUCGUCUAAUAUCUGAAACAAGAAGAGCACAAGCAGAAGCUAAUGAAUUGUUACUUGAACGUGACAAUUUAUCGAAACAACUAAAUACUGCUAAUAAUCAAAUAGAACAUUUACAAAAGCUUCUUGCCAGCACACUUUUGUGUGAUACCAAAGCACAGAUUUCUAACAAGAAUUCUAUUUCCAACGAAAUAUCCACUGUAAAUUCUUUAAAUGAUAAUCCUUGUCCAACUAACCAAUAUCCUACUAAAACUAGCAGCGUGCCAUUGCAUGAACAUUACUUCUCAUUAUUUGCUGUCAUUCCUGUUAUGGUAUUGAUUUGUGCGUUCAUCGUAUAUAUUUUCUUGAAAUUUGUUCGAUGACCAUCUGAUUAUAUGACUUGUAUACAACUGGAUUCUCUAUACUAUUCUCUUGCUGUUAAAAAAUCAUACAAUAGUAAUAAUGCUAAUAAUUCAUUUUGAUUAGUUUUGAAACCAAUAAGGGUAGUUCAAUGUUGGAAAUUGAGAGAAAAGUGUGCAUUCAUAUUUCAGUCAGCAAUUUCGUGAAUUUCUACUCACUAUAUUGUACUUGUAUCAAUAUGUAUUGUUUGUCUCGGGGAUUAUUCAUCUUGGUUCAAUUUAUGGUCAGUUCAUCGACCAAGCAACCACGUCUAACCAUUUUUCAUCAAUAAACACGUUUUUUAUACAUUUGUGUAGUUGAUAUAAAUCAGUAUGCUUAUUAUUGUACAUUUAAAACCAAUGACUGUCAAAAGUUAUUCAGUUUGUUUCUUCCCUGUCUGUAGUUACUUUAGAGAUUUUCAAAAAGCCGCUUUUCCAUUAUUCUCUUCCUAUUACUAGUAUCAUUAUUGAAAUGUAUUUCCUGGUACCAUAAUAAAUUUUGCUAUUCUU